AUGUCUGUGUGGGAAAUGUUCCACGAAAAACAAAUAUCGUUGUGUAAGAUUUCAUCUUCGUGUGCAUUGCAGAUCCCACGGACGUUCCUUAGCCUGUUUGAUACCGUAAGCAUCCAGCCACAGCCGCUGGGCCGCGUACUGGUGAUUGGGGCGUGGAACUACCCUAUAUUUCUGUCCCUCUUUCCCUUCGUUGGAGCCAUCGCAGCGGGCAAUGCAGUGGUCUUGAAGCCCUCCGAACUGGCGCCGGAGACAGAAUCCCUCCUCGCCAACCUCUUGCCCUCCUAUGUCGAUGAGACCGUGUGCCAGGUGUUCACAGGUGGUGCGAAGGAGACGAUGCAACUGCUGGACAAGUAUCGUUUCGACCACGUGUUCUACACUGGCGGCAUGAACGCCGCACGUAGCAUCCUCUCUCAGGUGGCCAAACAUCUCACUCCCGUCACUCUCGAACUAGGUGGGAAAAGCCCUGUCUACGUGGACGCUUCUGCCGAUCUGGCGCUCACGGCGAAACGCUUGAUCUGGGCUAAAGGUCUCAGCGCAGGUCAGACCUGCGUUGCCCCCGAUUACGUCCUCUGUCAUGCCAAAGUUCUGGAUAAUUUUAUCAAGGAGUGCAUCUCCAUAACGGAGACAUUCUAUGGUAAAAAAAUGGAGGAGUCGGCGGACUUUGCUCGUAUCAUCAAUGAGAGGCAUACCGCCCGUCUCUCAUCUCUACUCCAAAGCACUAGAGGUGAAGUGGUGUACGGUGGCAAAACGCAUCUUGAGGAGAAAUUCAUCGAACUGACGAUCGUGAAAGAUGUCAAAGAGGAUGAUGUCCUUAUGCAAGAGGAGAUUUUCGGACCCAUUCUGCCGAUUGUCACGGUUCAGUCUUACGAUGAGGCCAUCAGUUAUGUACAGCGAAAGGAGAAGCCGUUGACGAUUUACGUAUUUGCGUCGGACAGUGAGGUGAUAAAGGCCUGGAAGAAUCGAACUACUUCGGGCUCGAUUGUCUUCAACGACUGUAUAAUGCAACUCGGUGUACGUAAUUUACCCUUCGGUGGUGUUGGUAACUCCGGCACGGGGCGAUACUUUGGCCAAGCGUCCAUCGACGCCUUUUCGAACCCUCGCUCGCUGUUGGAUAAGUCUACCGUGGAGAAAUUCAACAAUUUGUUCCGCUACCCACCGUACACGGAGAGCAGCGAGAAGUGGGUACGUUGGGGCCUCUCAAAAGGUGACUCCAGGUGUACCAUCUCAUAG